CGCUGCGGGGAGGUGAAGAGAUACAGCAUCUGCCACAGCGCGAACUCGAAGUCCAUCUGCCUGACGUGCAGCAGCCGCCGCAGGUACUUGUGCCGCUUGGCCCCGGCCGUGUGCCGCGCCGCAUCGCGGGGGCUGAGCGCUCCGUUGCCCUGACCGCGGGCGCCCACGGAGGUGGUGGGCAGCAUCGAGCCGGGGAACGGACGGCGGAGACAGCCCCACAACCCACCCGCUCCGCUGCCCGUUCCGCUUCCGUCGACGUAGCGGCCGCCGGGCGGGGCGAUUCGGCCGGAAAUCCGCUCUCUCGCUCCAAGAUGGUGGUGUCCGCUUCUUGUCCGUAACGAUGUAGCGCGGCCCCAUUCGCCAUGCCCAAGUACUACGAGGAGAAGGAGGAGGACGGGCGGGCGUGCGGCGGGGUGCGGGAGGACCUGCGGCAGUGCCUGCUGGAGAGCCACUGCGUACUGCAGGAAAACAAAAGUCCCAAGCAGUGUUUGAGGGAAGGGCACUGUAAAAGUUUGCAGCUGACGUUUUUUGCGUGCAAAAGAUCCGUGCUGGAUACCAGGUCAAGAUUCAGAGGAAGGAAGGGAUACUGAAGUCUUUGGCAGAGACCCUGUCAUGGGAAAUUGGAGUUCAUCAGCACUUUAACUGGAGCAAAGGCUAAAGUAAGAAGCUUCUGUCUGCCACAUCCUUUUUGUGGUGCUUUCAUGGAAGGUAUCAACUUCUGGCAAUUCUGACAGAUGCCUGGAUGUGCAUUUAGAUGUUAAAAAGAAGGGAAGCGUAAAGCUGCAAGUUGUGGCCAAAAUGGCUGCCUGCCACGUGCCUGUAAUAAAAUACACAGAAUCCAGGAAAAGCUGCUGAAGUUAUCACUGUGUUUUGGAGUGAAAUUGUCUUUUGUCGUUAUACUAAUUCUGGUAAUGUUUUACCAUUACAAGUAAUAGAAAAUAAUGGAAUUUGUCUUGAGUGGUGUGUCAGAGGAUACCUCGGGGCAGAGCUGUCCUUAGAGAAACUGAGUUGACUGAGGUGAGAUGAUCAUGAGUUGCUUCCUUCCCAGUCAGUUUAUUGCCCAAUACUCCCGCACUAACAGGUAGAAGUGUGGUGGUCUUUACACUGCCAUGCACACAAGGAUGAGAUCUCUUUCCUCAUGAUACGAAUUCCUUUAAAUGUGAUUUGUUGGUGCUUAUUAGCAUGGUCUGGUCUCACUGCACAACUGGAUUAAGAUUUGAUUUCUGUAUAUUAAAGGAUGUUUGAUCAAUCUUGAAGAAA